AGCAGGCCAAAAGAUGUAUAAGAAUCAGUUGCAAGAGCUUGCACAGAGAAGUUGUUUCAAUCUCCCAUCAUAUACAUGCACAAGAGAAGGACCUGAUCAUGCUCCAAGAUUCAAAGCUAGUGUAAACUUUAAUGGUGAGAUAUUUGAAAGCCCAACUUAUUGUUCUACUCUCAGACAAGCUGAACAUUCAGCUGCUGAAGUUGCUCUUAGUGCUCUCUCUUCCAAGGGUCCUUCAAAGUCUCUAACUGCUAGAGUUCUAGAUGAGACUGGGAUCUACAAGAAUCUGCUUCAAGAGACAGCACAUAGAGCUGGUCUUGAUCUACCGGUUUACACAAGUGUGAGAUCAGGACCUGGUCACAUCCCAACGUUCUCUUGUACUGUGGAGCUUGCUGGAAUGAGUUUUAAUGGAGAAUCAGCAAAGACUAAGAAGCAAGCUGAGAAGAAUGCAGCCAUUGCAGCUUGGUUCUCCUUGAGAAAAAUGCCAAGCUUGGACCCAUUGAGAGGUGAAGAGAAGGAACAAGAGGUAGUUGCAAGAGUGCUCUCAAGAUUUAGACCCAAAGAAGUGAAAAGAAGAGAACCAAACCAGUCAAGAAGAAGAACAGUCAUCAGAACAAUUCGCCAAAACACAACAACAACCACAAGAGACUUGUUGUGUGAGAAACUCAGAUCCAUCAAUCUAUAUACCAACGAAGCUUCAUCAUCAUCACUACCACCACAGAGAUUCUGGCCUUCAAGAACAAAUCUCCCACAACAACAAUCCAAAGUCAAAUCAUUGCUAGAGAAAUGUCAAGAAUACGCAGAGAAGAAACAGAGCCUAGAGAAUCCAAAACCAGAGAUGAUAAUCAAAACAUCAUCAUCAUCAUCAUCAGUGGAGAGAAACUGCUAUAGUAGUAAGCUAUUACCCAUUUCAAGUUUUGGGUUAAACAAUCAGAAACUAGCUCCAGCUGUUCACAUAAGAUCAGUGAUCCCAGUUUGUUCAGCUCCUCCACCAAAACCUAAUCCUAACCCUAAUCCAUCACCGUCCACCACAAGGGAGCUGGGACAUGGAGUCCAAGAGAAGAAGCCGGAGACAGAUGAAGGACAAGAAGAAGGAUAUCGGCGAGGAUCUAUCGGUAAAGAUAGCGAAACUGCCGAUAGUUUCAUAUCCGAUAAAGAGCUUCUUGAGAUAUCUACACAUAGUAAAGAUUCCAAAACUAGUGGCGAAAAGACGAGUAAAGAGGAGGAAAAUGAAUGGAAAGAAGAUGAAGAAGAGAAAGGAGAUGAGCUAAAAAUUUCACCUGAAUCUCCGAGUUUUCGAAUUUAUUGCGUUUUCCCUAGAGAUCCUAAUGAUGACAACCUCGUUGAUGAUUUGCAACGGAACAAGAACAUAUCAGACGAAAACAAGGAGCAGAAAGGGAAGAGGCAAGAAGCAGUAGGAAUGAAAAUAAGAAGAAGAUUUAACAAUGUCAAGAAGCUUCUAACCCCUCCAACUGUACCUUCCUCCACAGCUAAUCGCGGUUGAUUUAAUAGGGUUUUAAAUUCAUCAUAUUAAACUAAUUGAGGUUUA